UCCAGAUAGAAGUGCAAAGAGUCAAUUUGCCUCGCCUUACGUUCAGCCCAUGGAGGUGUCUGCUGAUGACCGUUACUACGGUCAGAGGAAUGUGCGAUGUCUAAAUUUCAGUCCAUUGGAAAACUUCAACGAUCGAUGCCAAUUGAAAUACACAACGAAGAGAAACUCUUUUUCGACAUAUCUGGAUUUGUCCCAGAUCUAUGGAAUUGGGGAGUACGAAAGUGAUGGUAAACUGAAAACUGGCACGUGUGAAGCUGCAGCGUAUACAGAAAAUUUCGGUACCAUUUCGGCACAAUUCCUCAGUAUAACAGGACUGUUUACAAAAUUUCACAACUACUGCGUUGAUCAGGUGAGUUCUUGUGGUACCGACAAUAUUGGCGAAGACGUGCGAGAAAAGUGUCGAUCUGUUACCAUUGGAAUAUAUCAGCGGAUCAUAUACGAGGAAGUCCUAGUAACGUUGUUCGGCUCCAAGUUCUAUUCAGAAUGUGACUUAGAUUGCAAUUAUGAUAAAAAUCUUAGGUCAGCAAUUGGCUCUUCAUUUGUCUACGCACUUGGUAGAUUUCAGCACAUGUGGUUACCAGAAAAUUUAACAUAUUUUUCGGAGUCUACGCCAACGUACAAUUUCUUCCAAAAUCGGGAGAGCUUUGAUUGUUCUGGUACUCUGGAAGGAAUGCUUGUUGAUACUGUGAGACCCUGGGGAAUAUCGGACAUUAUGAUGCAUAGUUUUCUCUCAACGGAUGGAGAAAAUGGUAUCUGUCUAAUGUGUGUGGAUCUAGAGCGUGGCCGUAGUGCUGGAUUGUGUCCCUUACUGUCUUUCCUGCACUACCAAAACAAAAUAACGGGGAGAAAAAACGUUCCCAAGUGCUAUAACAACUUUGAAGAUUUGGAUGAUAUGUUCAAUCAAGAGCUCAUCGAUACUUUAAAAAAACACUACGAAUCGCCGAUGGACUUAGAUCUUCUGUUUGCAAUUUUCGAGAAGAAUAAACCGCAAGGAUCUCUGCUACCAAAAACGGUGGCAAUAUCAACUUGCCAGACGUUCAAGCGUUUGAAGUGUAGUGAUAGGUUUUUCUAUAGAUGGAACCCGUUUCACUCUUCAGCAAUCCAGGAGUUGAUAACCAUAGUAGACAUGUCAAUAUUGGUGGCUUUAUUUGGUAAUGUGGAAAAAGUUCCAGUCAAUCCAUUCACUACGCGAUCCCGAAUGAUUUCGGCGUCCGUGUUGCGUUCGUAUCUUGAAAACCAUCAAAAUCUUUUCUGUGAACUGUAACCAGCUUUGUAACAACGAUUC